GUUACUUUCGGUCACCGAGCCCUUUUUUUUCGUUCACAGGGCCCAGGGGCUGGUGUGAACGGGAGAAGAGGCGCAGGUCUGCCAGGGCCGCGGACCCGGGACAUGCGGAGACCCCGUUUCCAGGGGGAUCGCAGAUUCGGCGGGGAAAGGGCCGCGCCGUCUGGCCUCCGACGGACACGCCCGCCGUCUGGUUUCUGAUGAAGAAAACGCCUCGCCGACGGAACCUCGCGUGGGCCAGUGGCGCAAUGGAUAACGCGUCUGACUACGGAUCAGAAGAUUCCAGGAGCAGUGUAAGGAAGACAGAAGAACCGCCUGGACUAGCAGAGCCACCGGCGGAGCACUGCGGCCGCCAUGCCCAAGAGGAAGGCAAAAGGAGACGCCAAAGGUGACAAAGUGAAAGGGAAGGACGAGCCGCAGAGAAGGUCGUCCCAGCUGUCUGCUAAGCCUGCUCCUCCGAAAGCAGAGCCUAGGCCUAAAAAGGCCCCUGCACAGAAGGGGGAGAAGCUGCCCAAAGGAAAAGAGGGGGAAGCAGGUGGUGGCAAGGGUGGUACCAACCCUGGGAAAAUCCGAGAUGCCGCUGCAUCCCAGUCGCAGAGAGCAGAAGGCACCGGGACAAGUGAAGCGGAUGUUUUAAAUAGCUUUGUACUUUUAAUGACUUCACCAUUUGAAAUGCUCUUUUUUUAAAUGUUUCAUUAAAAUGUAGGGUUUUUUAAAAGUUACAUUGUUUGCACACAAGACACUCUGUCGCUGUCUCUUGUGGAAACGGCAAAUGUCACUAACAGAGUGGGAGCUGGAUUGAAGUCGGGGGAAGUGGGAUUUUCUAUCCUUGAUUUUGAAGGUUAUUCUUGGUUCCAUGCACAGGUCAGCCACUUUGGCUCAAAAGCCUUAGAGUGCAGGGAAGCCAAACGUCCUGUCUUCUUUCCCGGUGCCAUCAGCAUGGACCUGGCUUUCCUGAAACAAGACCCGUGAAGUGGCCUUGGCACUCCUGCAACCGGCGGUAUGGGGUAGCGUGUUCGGGAUUUCUGGCGGGGACAUCGAGAUGGUGUUGCUCAAAAGAUCCAAGAAUUCUGUCUGUAGUUUGUGGAUCAUCUCACUGAGAAUCCUGCAGAUUUCAGGUUCUUUGUCUAGGUCAGAGCUGACCUGUGAAAAUCUGUUAUGUGCCUCAUACAAAAUGUUUGUCCCUUGUGAAACAUCUGUUCAAAACAGCAACGGAAGAGUUUGUUGACUUUUGAGGGGAUUUUGGAAGUUGUAAAAUUUUAUAAAUUGUUACUCAGAUUUUGCUGCAAGUAACUGCUUUUGUUUUUCUAAGUAUAUGAAAAAGUUGGAUACAAAUUGGCAGUGGGAGGGGAUCAUUUCCUACCCAAACUCACAUUUCUUACAGCCUUGUGAACGUUGCAGUUUUUUCACAUUUUUCAUCUUUCCUGAACUGACUUGUGAAAUGCAUGAUAGAAGUUCAACAUCGUAUUUUUUCCAUAGGGAUGCUUGUCCUGGCACCAUUUUUUUUCCCCCAAAAGUUUAUCUAUCCCUCAAUUUGUGGCACUGGCUCUGUCAUAAAUCAAGUUUCUGUGUGUGGGGGUGUGGUUCUAUUCUGACUCACCAGGCAGGCACUUUGCCCAACCCUGGGCAGUGCUACACAGUCCUGGGUACUACAAGUUUAGAAACUGACCUUGAUAUCUCAGGACAAACCCAACUUCCACCCCCAACACCUCCACCAACGUUUUCUUCCUCAGGAGUAUUUGGCCAUGCUUAGCUAGACUGACAAGUUAUUAAUCAAACCAAAACAAGAAAGUGUUGGAAUUUUAUUGGGUUUGUACUAAAUUUAUAAAUUGCAAAGUUAAGUCUUUCAAUCUAUGAGCACAUUUAUUUAGGAUCUUUAAAUGUCUUUCAAUGAAAUUUUAUAAUUUUCUCCAUGUCUUAUUUUAUUAAUAUU